AAAUCCCAAAGCUCUUUACAGAGAAACCAUUCAAAGAAAAAAGCUUGAAUAAAAGGACUAAAGACAUUAGUUAUGCUUUCAAGAAAGAAAAGUAAAAGCGAAGCGUCGAAACCAGCCGAGGUACACGGGAAAUAUGUCAAGAAGGAGACCUCACCAGUCCUGAGAAAUCUCAUGCCCUCAUUCAUCCGACAUGGACCCACAAUUCCCAGACGCACAGAGGUCCCUCUGCCUGAGCCGGGACCCUCAGCCUACCCCGUGGGACCCAGCCCUGAGCCUGUGGUGGCCCGCAACAAGAGCUUCCUGCGCACCCCUGUGCAGAGACCACCGCAAGAGGUGGCUCGAAGGGAAAGCCAUAGGAUGUCAGCCCCUCCGUACCUACCACGUAGCCUGGGGGACCUACCCCACGAGUACGGAGGCUCUUCACAGUCCUUCCUCACGGACGUGAGCCCCAUGGCUGAGAACGGGGACGCUGGCCGCUACUACUACCCCCCUCCUCCGGAGCCUUACUACGACAGCCAGCAGCAGCAGCAGCAGAGAAGGCCUCAGCAGCCCAGAGCCCCUGACCGCUUCCAUGACGACUAUAGAUACUAUGAACACAAUGAACAUCCAAACUUCCAAAGACUACCACCGCAACAACACGCUUCCCCGGCCCCUAACAGACCGCCAGAAGGUAUCGGUCGGAUGCAGGCCAAGUCUCUGGGGAACCUGUCCAGUCCGAGCGGUGAGGACCUCCCGCUGCCCCGUGGUUGGACGGUAGACUGGACCAUCCGAGGCAGGAAGUACUACAUCGACCACAACACCAACACCACCCACUGGUCCCACCCCCUGGAGAGAGAGGGUCUGCCCCCUGGCUGGGAGAAGGUGGAGUCGGCUGAGUUUGGGACUUACUACGUGGACCACAUCAACAAGCGGGCGCAGUAUAGACACCCCUGUGCCCCUAGCAUACCCCGCUAUGACCAGCCCCCUCCGGUUGUAUACCAGCCUCGCCCCGCAGAGAGGAACCAUCCGGUGCUGGUGCCAGCCAACCCAUACCACACUGCAGAGAUCCCAGACUGGCUACAGGUGUAUGCCCGCGCCCCGCUCAAGUAUGACCACAUCCUGAAAUGGGAGCUCUUCCAGCUGGUGGAUCUGGACACGUACCAGGGCAUGCUGAAGCUGCUCUUCAUGAAGGAGCUGGAGCGCAUCGUCAAGUCCUACGAGGCCUACCGCCAGGCCCUGCUCUCUGAGGUGGACCACAGGAAACAGAGGCAGCAGUGGUCCGCUCAGGCCCAGCAGCAGCCGGGCAAGAACUUCACAGGGAACAUGUGAACUGGGUCGUAUUCACUAGGAAGCAAAUGGGACAACAAAAAAAAAAGGAGGGACCUACCUGAAUUUGUCCAAUAAUAAACCAGUUGUUGCUAAACAGUUUGCUACGGUGUGCACUAGUGAAUACGACCCUGAACUGACUGGACUGGACGGAGGAAUGGACCCCGUGGCUAGCUGGAUCUGGGACUUCAAGGACUCUCAUUCUACACUAUUCAUAAGAAGUUCAGCCCGGGUGAACCGUUGUCCCACACCUCUGAGGUUACAAAUAGUAAGGAAGCUACGCCCCUGUGCCUGGCUACAACGCCCCUCUGAGGUUACUACAAUAUGGAGCUCUACCCCUCUGAGGUUUUGGCCUCGUCCACUGAGGUUUCUACACUUGGGAGCUCCACCCCUUAGCCCCCCCCCCCUCCCCCCUCCUGUGAGGGUCGGCCAGCAAAGAGCUCCACCCCUUUUGAGGUUUUGGCCUCAUCCACUGAGGUUUCUACACUUGGGAGCUCCACCCCUUAGCCC